CCUACGCUGUUUUCUUUCCUCCCAACCAUCACCUCUCGACCCUCUCCGUCUCUGACACCCCGACUUCGCCGCGCACCAUGGAGUCGCUGGGCGACGAGCCGUGGGACGUGGUCAUCUGCGGCACCGGUCUGCAACAGUCCCUUCUUGCCCUUGCUCUCUCCCGCUCCGACAAGCGAGUCCUGCACCUCGAUCCCAACGACUACUAUGGCGACCUCGAGGCUGCGCUCAGCCUCGAAGACGCCGACGCCUGGGCCGCGGCGGGCGGUCGCUCCCGGCUGAUUGCCAACGCAAGCACUUGGACACAUCCCGACCCGGGCGCGCAUGGUGGCCUGCGCGCCGCGCGGUCCUAUGCUCUGGCUCUCGCGCCACAGAUCAUACAUACCCGGUCGGCGCUGCUGUCGCAGCUCGUGUCGUCGCGAGCAUACCGGCAGGUCGAGUUCCUCGCCGUGGGGUCCUUCUUCGUGUUCGAGCAGUCAUCAAAGGACGCCGAAAACAAGGGGCAGCUUUCGCGGAUACCCAGCAGCCGCGAGGACGUCUUCUCGACACAGGCCAUCCCUGCGCGGUCGAAACGCUCGCUCAUGAAGUUUCUCAAGUUCGUUGUCAACUAUGAUUCUGAAGAGGAGCGGCCAAUGUGGCUGGAGCAUGGCUCGGAAAAGCUGGCCCAGUUUCUUCAGGAGCAGUUCAAGCUUGAUGACAGUCUGCGGCAGUACAUCCUUGCAUUGACGCUCACGCUCGACGGCGAUAUCACUGUCCGCGACGGCCUCGCCAUUAUUCAUCGCCACCUCUCAUCGCUUGGUUGGUUCGGGCCAGGGUUCUGCGCCGUAUAUCCCAAGUGGGGUGGGGGUUCCGAGAUUGCUCAGGUCGCGUGCAGAGCAGGCGCUGUUGGAGGCGGCAUAUACAUGCUUGACACUGGCAUGGAGAUGAGCGAUCAAGAUGCUGCGGCUCGUGACAAGAUCUCGCUCAAGUUGUCAAGUGGUACCAUUGUGCAGACCUCAGCGCUGAUCACAUCCCAAGACGAGCCUGGAGAAGAUGCAUUGACUAUCAAACGCCUUAUCGCUGUUGUCAACACGACCUUUGCGGAGCUCUUCGAGGUUGUCGUUGAGGGCGCACCCAAACCGGCAGUGGCUGUGAUCUCCCUCACUCCUGCUGACGCGGCUUCGCCUCUUCCAGUGUAUGCCUUCGUGCACUCCAGCGACACUGGCGAGUGUCCAUCAGGUCAAAGCGUGGUUUACCUCACAACACUUGCUACCGAGGAUGCGCAGAAGAGACUAGACUCUGCCCUUGAAACACUCUUGACACAGGUUGCAACGUCCCAGCCGAGUGAUGCCGCAUCCACUUCGCCAGUGUGCUUGUACAAGCUGGUAUAUGACCAGUCAGCCAGCCGUCGGGAGGCUGUCACUAUACCUCUGGUGUCACCGUCCUCUGCUUCGGCGGAUGCGCCCAGUGGUAAGCCUGCAGCAAGGGAACGCGUGCAUCAUAAGCUCCCCUCGCCGGCCCUGGAUCUCUCCUUCAGGGACGAUACACUUGAUCAUGUCCGAGAGGCGUGGCGAAAGGUCGUCGCUACUUUUGAAGUUGGGGGGAUUCCUGAUGAGGAGGAAUACAUGAACUUUGAGGACCGCGAAGGGCCCGAUGGUUAUGACGACGACGAAGUCUAUGAGUGAAUGCCGUGCAAAUGGUAUGUUUGCUGAUAGGCACAUGAUACUAUGAAAUAAACAAACGAUUAUGUUGCACUAUACUAGAAUGUUCAGUUGCGCAUGUGUUUUAAAAGCU